AUGUAUAAGUAUGGGGGGAAGGGAGGUGGUUGUUUGUGGGGAUACAGAAGUUGCAGCGAUUUACAAAGAAAGAUUGUAGCCUUGUUCACACACUGCUUGUUGAAUUUUGAUUCGACUUUUUUUUGUUGCGUGUGGGUUGAUUUUUGUUUAACGUUCUUAUAUAUACGGUUACCUACCUGCCUACAUACCUACAUAGCUACACACAACAGCAAGCAGCAACAACAACAUUGUUAUAUUGCGACAAUGGCAUUCCCUCCUUACACGGGCUAUGCCUUCACGGGCCUGGACUCCCUCCACGCAGACAUCUACCCCGCCAUCUCCGCCGCUCAAACCCCGUCCCUCAAACAGCCCGGCAAAGCCGUCCUCGUGACCGGCGCAUCCCGCGGAAUCGGUCGAGCCAUCGCGAUACAGUAUGCGCACGCAAACGUAGCGACAAUCAUCCUCGCGGCGAGAUCCGCGGAUAAACUCGAGGAAGUGAAGAAGGAGAUUGAAGGGGUGAACGGCGAGGUCAAAGUGCUUGUGAAAGCGGUGGAUGUCACUAGUGUUGAGAGCGUCCAGGCGUUGGGGAAGGAGGUUGAGGGGGAAGUGGGGAGGUUGGAUGUACUUGUUAAUAAUGCUGGAGCGGCAGGAGCUUGGGUCCCCUUGGCAGAGUCGAAGCCAGAGGACUGGUGGUGGGAUUACGAAGUCAGCGUGAAAGCGCCUUAUCUGUUCAUGCAUGCGCUUUUGCCGUUGAUGGUGAAGACUGCGGAGAAACACGGUGGCAAAGCCGACAUCAUCAACAUGACCAGCGUCGGAGCACACGCCUUCAUCCCCGGUGCGUCGGCUUACCAUACGUGCAAGCUUGCGUCGCUCCGUCUCUCAGAGUUCGUGAAGGUGGAGUAUGGGGAUAAGGGGAUCAUUUGCGUAGGCAUGCAUCCCGGUGGUGUGCAGACGCAGAUUGCGGAGGGGAAGACGCAACUCGAGGGUUAUCUAAAUGAUACGCCCGAGUUGGCGGCAGGGUUCACUGUGUGGCUGACGGCCGAGAAUCGAGAGUGGCUGUCUGGAAGAUAUGUUGCUGCUCCGUGGGAUGUGGAGAAGCUGGAGAGCAUGAAGGAGGAGAUUGUCGACGGGGAUAAGCUGUUGGUCAGAAUGGUUGUUUAG